GUCAUUACACUAAGAAUAAAUAAAACGUCUAGCUGUUAGGCUCACGUCAAGCACUCUGUAUAUUAUUUAUAUUCAACAAGAUGCAUUAAGAUUUUCUCAAUACAUUACAUACUGUUUGUUUUGACUAUAUAUGGAUACAUAACUUAACCGCAUAGAUAAUAAUAAAUAAAUAUAGAAAUCAAACAUAACCUAAUUUUGUAGAUUUCAAACAGUUUCUAGUUUCUAGAUUUGCAAACAUGGGCAAAAAUAAAGAGAUCUUUUCAUUAUUAUUGAUUAUAAUAAGUUUAAGUUCUGCCGAGGUAUAUUACAACAUUUUGAAGCAAGAAGAUCUGUGCCUAAAUGGAUGCAAGGAGAAAGAACUAGAUCCAGACAGAAAAUGUGCAAUAACGUGCUGUCAAAGAGGUUGCAGGUUCUUUAAUUUAGUAAAUUUACAUCAUAAAUUAGAACCUAAUAAUUUAAAUAGUAGUUUGGAUGCAUGUGACGCUUCUUGUAUUGAAGCAUAUUUAGUUGAACAAGAUUUAACAGCCUGUAGAAUUGGCUGUGCUUUAAUGGCAAUUCAGCGUAUAAAUUGUUUAUCGCCCUUUUCAAUUACUAUACACAUAGAAGAUGGUAUACGUCCUAAUAUUCUGGUAAUGUCUCCUGAUAUUUUAAAUGAUCCUGUAUUUGGGAAAGAAUUGUUACCAGAAUGGUGGAAUUCUAAUGAAUUCAAAUUAUCCAAAACGUACUUUAAAACAAUUCCAAUUGAUUCAGAGACAAUGGAUUACAGUGUAUCAGCAGAAUAUUUGGGAGAAAAUGAAAAGUCUACAUCUCUACCAGGAUCCGAUUGGUUACAGUGUGCUUCUCGACAUACAGGAAUACCUCGUUGGAUGCUAGCUGUAGCUAUUGCUACAGCAGCACUAUCAGCUCUGUGGCUGUGUCUAUCUCCAGAGAAAUCAACUGAUUCUACUGAAAAAAUAACUUUAGUUAACCCGAAUAUUCCAGAUAAGGUCACAAUAUAUCUACCCGAUGAGGCUCCUUUACAUAAAAAACCACCUCCUAAAUAUAGUGAGGUUGUUGAUACAAAUAAACUCAAUUUGCAAGUUUAAAAAGUUAUAAAAUG